AUGCUCUCGAGAGUGGCCCUCGCCCCGCGGCUGGCCACGGCGGCAGCCCGUCUCUCGCGACCGGCCGUCUCGCCCAUCAUCCGCGCACGCCCUGCAGCGCCUCUCUCGCCCUGGGUAAGGUCCUUUGCGGAUAAGCCGAACCAGGCCGGCAAGCAGCCGCCGUCAUCCAAGCCGACGCCCCCCGACUCAGCAGCCGAGGGCUCCAGCGAUGGCGCGCCCAAGGAUGCACAACCGAAGGACGAGCCCGAGCAAAUACCAUUCGACAAGCUGCCCGAUCUGACGCAGGGCAUUCCGUCUACCCUCGAUCAGGAGAUGGCGAGCCGCAGCGGGCGUGCGCAACCGGCUCUCGAGGCCGUUGAGCAGGAAGAGGCCGGGGGUCGGGGUGGUCGCGGCGGCCGACGCGACGAAUACGUGUCGACGAGCGAGCGCAAUCGCCGUUGGUGGACGCGCUUCCUUCUGGCGACGACCGCGGCUGGCGGCGUCCUCAGCUUGGUCUACAUGGGCCGCGACUGGGACGACGUCAUCGAGGCCGAGCGACACCGGGACAUCCCCAACGGCUGGGGCAUCUCCCUGUGGUGGCAGCGCGUCCGCGCCCGCAUGGGCGAGUCCGUCUCCUACUACCAGGACCCGGCAUUUGACAAGCUGCUGCCCGACCCGGACCCCAGCUUCGAGCGCCCUUACACUCUGUGCCUGAGUCUCGACGAUCUGCUCGUCCACAGCGAAUGGUCGCGCGAGCAUGGCUGGCGCGUCGCCAAGCGCCCCGGCAUGGACUACUUCGUCCGCUAUCUGAGCCAGUACUACGAGCUCGUUCUCUUCACCACUGUGCCUUUCGCCAUGGGCGAGCCCAUCGUCCGCAAGCUUGACCCCUUCCGCUUCAUCAUGUGGCCUCUUUACCGUGAGGCCACCAAGUACGAGGACGGCGAGAUUGUCAAGGACCUCUCGUACCUCAACCGUGACCUCUCCAAGGUCAUCAUUAUCGACACAAAGGCCUCGCAUGUCCGCAAGCAACCCGAAAACGCCAUUAUCCUCGACCCGUGGAAGGGCGAGGCCAAGGACCAGGACCUCGUAGGCCUGAUACCCUUCCUCGAGUAUAUCCACACGAUGCAGUACUCGGACGUGCGCAAGGUGCUCAAGUCAUUCGAGGGCAAGCACAUCCCGACUGAGUUCGCGCGACGCGAGGCGAUUGCACGCAAGGAGUUCAACAAGCAGCUCGAGACGCAAAAGUCGAAGCACUCGAAGCCGUCGGGUAUGGGCGCGCUGGGUAACCUACUCGGCCUCAAGCCCAGCAACAUGAGCAUGACGAUGGCGGCCGAGGGCGAGCAGAACCCGACCGAGGCGUUCGCGCAGGGCAAGAUGCUUCAGGACCUGGCGCGCGAGCGCGGCCAGCGUAACUACGAGCUGCUGGAGAAGGAGAUUCGCGAGAACGGCGAGAAGUGGCUCAAGGAGGAGCAGCAGGCCAUGGAGAAGGCGCAGCAGGAAGCCAUGAACAGCAUGAUGGGCUCCUUUUCUGGGUGGUUCGGGCCCAAGCCUGACGCCGGUGCCGGCGGCGACAAGAAGGCCUGA